AUGGGGGUGCUGAUGUCCAGGCGGCAGACGGUGGAGAAGGUGCAGAAGGUCAGCUUGGCCGUGUCAGCCUUUAAGGACGGGCUGCGGGAGCAGCCACCGACCCCGCGGCGGAGGUUCACUCCGCCUGCCUUCAUCCGUCCCAAGCGGGAGCUGCAUGACGACGAGCCCCUGGACAUCAGCCUGGAGCAGCAGGAGCAGGACAACCUCAAUCUCCUGCUGACGGAGGAAGAGAUGUACAGCCUGAUGGAGACCCUGCGGCACUGCAAGAUCAUUCCAGAGACCUGCCUGACCCUGGAUGACUUCCUGCACUACAAGCACCUGGUGCACAAGCAGCAGUUUGAGCGGCCCAUGGACGAGGCGCAGGAGGAGCAGGCAGCCCUGCAGUUCUCUGCCCUGGACCCUGACAAGAAGGGGCACAUCGAGUGGCACGACUUCCUCUCCCACGAGUCCAUCCAACUGCUGCAGAAACUACGUCCACAGGAACAGAACGUUUGA